AUGGGUUUCAGCAUCGAGGCCCUGGUCGGCGGCAGCAACAGCGGCGUUCGGGACAGCAAAUCUUCCCCCUCGCCUUCUGAAGACAUGGGCCGGGGCCUUAGUCCCCCCAGAGGGGCGCAGGGCCCCGUGGCCCCGGUGCCCACUUUCCCGGCGGUUAGUAGCGCCGCGUUCCUGGACACUCUCUGCGGUGGCCGAGCCGCCAUGUACCCGCACCACCAGCACGAGCACCCCGGGGGAUAUGCGGGGAUACCCGCGGGGGCGUGUAACCCCCAUGUGGCCCCUUUUUUCCUCGGAAGGGAAUCGUACCCCCUGUACCCCUGGCUGCUGGCGAGGCACCCCAGGUUCCUGGCGCAUCGACUACCAG